UACCGUGUUACUUCCCACGUGGUUACGAAGGUAGCAUUAGAAUUUCCUUGACGCAUCAUUGGCUGUAAAUAUUAGAUAACAAACAGUAGAGCAAAAGUGUUUGGCUUGUAUUACAGGACGAUGUGUUCGUGUUGUCUUGUGUUGUAGUUGUUAUCAAAUUGCUGUCACAUUCGGAGGAAAAGUAACAAGUUGUCUUUCGGACGUUUUUAUCCAGCAUCCACCACUAUACAGUAGCUAGCGGUUUAGCCAACCCGUUCUAGCCGUGGGGUCCUUUGGAGAGUCACUUGUUUUUUAAACGUUGUCGCUAUAAUUUUAGUCUACUGGUCGUGUGUCACCUGUCCCCAAUGGGGUUUAACAAAACGUACAUCAGUGUCGGCUAUGCCUGUUUUGGCAUGCUUAUGGGAUUCUCUGCAUUUCUUGUGUGGAACAUUGUGUACAGACAACCAUGGACAGCUGCAAUGGGGGGGUUAUCAGGUGUGCUGGCGCUCUGGGCCCUCAUCACCCACCUCAUGUACCUGCAGGACUACUGGCGCACCUGGCUGAAGGGCCUCAAGUUCUUCCUCUUCAUCGGAGUCUUCUUCUCCUUUCUGGCUGUUGUGGCCUUCAUCACCUUCCUCUCCAUUGCCAUAACCCGCAGAGAGUCCCUGACUGACCCACAGAGCCUCUACCUGUCGGCCGUGUGGAGCUUCAUGACCCUGAAGUGGUCCUUCAUGCUGUCCCUGUACGCCCACCGCUAUCGCAAGGAGUUCGCCGACAUCAGCAUCCUCAGUGACUUUUGAUGGAGGACCUUGACCCCAAAAGACCCCCUCCCCCCGCACACCCCCCUGCACCAACCCCUCCCCUUUAUCGGUCUAUGUGAGAACAGCCGGCAGCGGUCCUCUGAGAGAAGCGAGGGAGAUUGGAGGGGUUUGGGCGCCGCCAGGAUUCAGAGGUCACGACAGACUAACGACAGGGCUCUUAUCAGGGUGAAUAACUGGGGAGGGAUGGGGGCGGCGGCUUGGCGGAGGUUGUUUUUAAUCUUCUCUCUUACCCUGUGUCUGAAAUCAAACCAAAUCACUGUUGUUGUUUUUUUGUGCACACGAUACAACUGGUGUUAACAGUGCAGUGCGUUGCUUACUUGCAAGCUGUUCCUCAACCAUGCCGUGUGCGAGUGUCAGUAAGUAUGCAAGUAAAAGAUAAAAAGGAAAUCCAGAAUAUAAUUAAGGAAACCACAGGGUACACUCUGCCGAAGCCAAGCCAGAGUAAAGUUCAUCCCUAUUUUGUACCUUUUGAUGAAUUUGUUCAUACGAAUCUAUGUAUGUGUCACUAUUGUCUGUGUUCCUGGUGUAUGCGAGUUGUUUAACAUUUCCGGUAAUGUGAAAAUGUAAGAAUGCCCCAUGGAAAGUUGUCAUUUUUGUUUUGCAUAUGGAAUCUCCUAAACACUAAUGACUGAUAAAUGUAACCUAAUUUGAAGAAUUAAUCUACCCAUUCUUCUUUGCUAAACUGUUUGAACUGUCAUGUUUGAGGGCUUUCUUCCAGGCACGGCCCUCUUCAAGUCCCCCCACUGCAUUUCAGUAGGAUAGAGAUCUGGGCUUUACUCUAAACCUGCUAUUCUUCUUUUAAGUCAGUCUGUAGUAGCUUUGCCUGUGUGUUUUGGAUCAUUGUCCUCUUGCAAGAUUCACAUACAUGUUCAUUCUCCCCAGGAAUUUUCUGGUGCAAUAUGGAAUUCAUGGUUGAUUCAAUGAUGCCAUGUUGGGCAGGUCCUGGCAAAGCAGCCCCAAACCCUGAUGCCACCGCUUCCAUGCUUUACAGUUGUUGGUAUGAGGUUUUCUGGGUUCAAAGGCAGUUUUUCAUUUUCACCACACAUGAUGACUGGCAUUGCUGCCAAACCACUCCAGCUUGAACUCAUCUGUCCAGAGCACAUUGUUCCAGUAGUUUUGGUUUAUACACAAGUGUUGUCUGGCAAACAUCAGUCAUCUCUUGAUUCUUUUUUGAGAGUAGAAGCUUUUUCCUUCCUGACAUCCCAUGUAGUCCAGGAGCUUCUAUAGAUUCUUUAUCCAUGUGUCCAAAUAUGUUAAAAAACAAGACAACUUUCCAGGGAAUGUAUGUACUUUUUCACCAUGAGUAUAUAUGCCAAUAUCUUAUUUUAUUCUAAUUUUUUGUAGGAUACCUUUGAUUAACAUAAAUCAUCCUAUGCUUAUGUACCUAAGGGAAACAAUUCUCUUAUUUUACCACAAGGGGGGCAUGAGUCCAUCAAAUGUGCUGGCUUUUGAAAAAUAUGAGUGCAGUCAAACUGUACUGUACUUACACAUCAUAAAACACAUGCACUAUACUCAACAGAACACAUGUUACAGUCAUGUUUGGAAAACCAAGUAUUCUGUUUUUAGGACUGUUUUGUGUUGUCAAAUUUGUUCUUUGGGCCAUAGAAAGAAAAUUGUGUGUGAGAUGAAGCCACUACAUGUAGUGUGUUGGGGUCCUAACACUAUUUGGUAACAUUUUGGUUAAAUGCUUUGUAAGACUCAUGAUACUGUACUUAUUUGACUCUUAUGAAGUACCUGCUUGUCGUUAGUAAUAUCGGCCCUUUACCAUUUAGCAUAUAAAGAAGGAUUGAACGACCAUCGCCGAAUGUAAGUACGACUGCUUUUAGGCCCGUUGUCAGUGAAUCCCAGAUGUCUGAUUUUAGUAUGCCUCUCAUUUUAGUGGAGAUACUUGGUAACUUUUUUUAUCAUUGCCGUGACAGAAAUGUCUGUCAGAGUGAAUGGAGACCUGUGACCGUUAUGUCCCGAGUGUGAGAGGGGCUUAGUCUGUAGACUGUUCGAUGCUAUCCGGAUCAACACGCUAGCGGACUGUGUCUUGAAAUUGGUUCGCGGAUCCAAAACAUUUGUGAUCACCAUACCACAGCCCACGGAGUAUAAUUCAGUUCACUUCCUUUUUGCUUUCUCAACUGUAUUUUGUGCCGCCACGCCAUGCCGUGUGUGAAUAUAAUGAAACAUGACAUUGUGUAUAUCCACCUGUAUGUAGGAAUGUAUGUCUGCUGUACAGGUGUGUUUGUGUGAUAGAGAGCCUUAAUAAAAAUAUUUUAUUGCUG